AUGUGAUCGAUCCUGUUUUUUGGUGUCCUUUGGGGGCAUAUCUACUGUGGAGAAACAUCUGUGGGAGACCAAGUUCUUGAGAUCACACCAAGGAAUGAAGAACAAAUAAAAACUGUGGUGGAACUGGAGGCUGAAGAACAUCUUCAGCUUGAUUUCUGGAAAUCACCCACCAUCCCAGGAGAGACAAUCCAUGUCUGAGUUCCCUUUGUCAGCAUCCAGGCAGUCGAAGCUUCCUUAAGGUCCGAGGGAAUUACUUAUUCCAUUGUGAUUGAAGAUGUUCAAGUUCUCUUGGACAAGGAGAAUGAAGAAAUGUCUCAGAGAAGAGAACAGAAUGGUAACUUCAACUUUGAGGCUUAUUAUACCUUGGAAGAGAUUUCCUGAGAAAUGGAUAACCUCGUUGCUGAGCACCCUGGUCUAGUAAGCAAAGUGAACAUUGUCUAUUCUUUCAAAAAUCGGCCCAUGAACGAGCUCAAGUUCAGCACGGGAGGAGACAAGCUGGCUAUCUGGCUAGAGGCUGGGAUCCAUGCCGGUGAGUGGGUUACACAAGCUACUGCACUGUGAACUGCAAAUAAGACUGCCUCUGAUUAUGGAAAUGACCCAUCCAUCACUUUAUUGGAUAUGAUGGACAUCUUCCUGCUCUCUGAUGGCUAUGUGUUCUCUCAAACAAAGAAUCGUAUGUGGCAGAAGACCCGGUUCAAGGUAUCUGGAAGCCUCAGUGUUGGUGUUGAUCCUAACCGGAACUGGGACAUGGGUUUUGGAGGACCUGGAGCCAGCAACAACUCUUGCUCUGACUCAUACCAUAGACCCAGUGCCAACUCUGAAGUUGAAGUGAAAUGCAUAGUGGACUUUAUCAAGAGUCCUGGAAAAGUCACGGCCUUCAUUACCUUCCACAGCUAUUCCCAGCUGCUGAUGUUCCCCUAUGGGUAUACAUGUGCCGAGUCACAUAAAUUUGAUGAGCUGGCAGCUCCCAGAAGUGAAUGUAAAACUCGCGUUGUGGGGUUAACAAGCAUAGCGCAGAGCAUGACCCUGAAACCCCCAGGCUCUCUGAGUAUUCUGCUGAGCCAGGUUUCCCCCAUCUGUGGCCCAAAGGCUGCCCAGUCUCUGACAAGCCUGCAUGGCACCAAGUACAAAGUGGGACCUGUCUGCUCAGUCAUCUACCAAGCCAGUGGAGGAAGCAUUGACUGGUCCUAUGACUCUGGAAUCAAAUACUCAUUUGAAUUUGAACUGGGAGACACAGAUCGAUAUGAGUUCCUUCUGCUGGCCAAUCCGAUCUUACCCACAGUGAAAGAGAUCUGGUUUGGCUUGAAAACAGUCAUGGAGCAUGUGUGAGACCACCCCUAUUAA